AUGUCACCAAUCACCCCUGAGAUAAGAGCGUGUGCAGAAAUUCUCACUGGCAACGAUGUUUGCGUAGAAAAAGCCAAGUCUCUUCUAAGAGAAUAUCAUCUUCCUGACGGUCUAUUGCCAGUAAAGGAUGUUGAGGAACUUGGUUUCGUAAAAGAAACUGGUUUUUUUUGGAUCAAACAAAAGAAUGAUAUCACACACGAGUUCGAGAAGGCUGGAAGACACAUCUCAUACGCUACUGAGAUCAGCUCGUACUUUGAGAACUGUAAGAUCAAAAAGUUAUCAGGAGUGAAGUCUAAAGAGUUGAUGAUAUGGAUUUCACUCACUAAGAUCUACGCUGAAAGCCCAACAAGCGACAAAAUAACUGUAAACACACCCACAGGAAUCUCAAAGACCUUCCCGAAGGAUGCUUUUAUGGCAUAA